GCCGGGCCGCUGCUGGGGCGCCCAUUAAAUACAGCUGGGGCGGCGGGGGCGGCGAGUGGCGAUGGCGCUGACGGCGGGGAGGCGGCGGCAGGAGCUGGACAACGGUUCCUUGGAAAUAACACAGAGUUUGGAAGAUGAUCCUCUCCUGGAUGCACCGCUUAUUUCGUCUCAUAUGUUGCAUUCCCAACUGAGGCCAAGGUUUCAUGCUAUUCCAGCAGUUCUCUUUGCCAAUUUUCUGUUGCUAAUACAUGUUGCUUUUGUUGUUCUAGCAUUUUUGGCAGCUAUGUUUUGUUCUUACCCCAAUCCAAAUCAGGAUGUGUGCCCUGGAAACUAUACUCACCCACUUAAAGUACAGACUGUAAUAAUCAUUGCAAAAGUAAUUCUGUGGAUUCUGCAUGUUUUUUUUGAACGGUACAUCCAGCACCACCACAGUAAAGUCAGAAGCAGAGGUUACUUCUCAAUAUACCGGUCAACAAGACAUCUGAAAAGGCUUCCACUGCUGAUACACUCCACAGGUAAUGCAGCCCUGCUUUUGAUUCUGUCAGUGCAACAUUCCUUUCCUGGUCACAGUAAAGUGUACCUGUAUCUUAUCCUGGGAGUCCUGGGCCUGGAGCUGAUUAGCUCCCUGACAUGCUUAGUGAUUUACACAGUGAAAAUAAGUAACUUCAAUCGUGCAAAGCCAAGACCUGACAUAAUAGAAGAAGAAAAGAUGUAUGCCUACCCUAGUCAUAUUACCUCAGAAAUAGGAUUCAGGGAAAACUCGAGCUUAGAAGAGAUUGUUGAGAAGCAAGGAGAUGUAAUAGAGUAUCUUCAGCGACACAAUGCACUGCUCAGCAAGAGACUAUUGGCACUAACAUCUCAGCAAAUCAAAACUUAACAGCAUUUGGAAAACUGCUCCUGGAGCUCUGGAGGAAACACAAGGUAACAUAAUAUCCAGACUGCUUUGUACAGAUGAUCCUUCAAUCAUCCUCCAUAUUUUGAAAUAGAAGUAAAAGUAGAAGAUGACCUCUGCAUAUACUAUAAACCUAUUACAGCUGGACACUCUGGCUGUUUUCAAAUCAUCCAUUCAGAAAAAAGUUCUGGAGCAUCAAGGAUUUUUAAUUCCCAAUAGGUUAAAGUUGGUAUGUGAGGGAAUGGUUUAACUUCGUUCAGUUGUUGCUAUUAUUUUGUACUGCUGUAACCUUUAAACCUCAAACUACCAAAGUAUUUUAUAGUUCUGUAAUACAAUUUUUUUUUCUGGAAAAAUCUUACUUUACAAAGGAUGUCUUCAGGUUCUGGUGCUGAAGCUGAGACUAGAUGUGUGCUGUCACUCAGUCCCAGUUCUUCCAGUGUUAGAGGUGAUGUACUUCAGUAAUCCUAUACAAGGUGGAUACUUGCUUUCUAGGUAGAUUUUCUUUUCUCCAUUGUUAAGAAAAGGAAUGAAUCUGUUCCCUGUAUCAGUGGGGAAACUUGAUAUCCAAUUUCAGAUUUUAAAAAAGUGGUGGAUUCCCUAGAAUGGCAAAUCUAAGUGUGUGGUAUAAAACAGUAAGCAGUUAGAGGGUUGUUCAGAAUUCCAGCUUGAAAACAUGGCAGAGGCAUCUUCAGGGAGCAGGCAAUUAAGACUUUCCUGUUAUUAGGAGUCUGUCAGCUAAUUAACAAGAUUUCUACUCUGCUGGCAGAACUAACUUAAUACAAAAAUACUUGAGUAAGCUCUUUUUAUUGACCUAGUAACUAAUUUGUGUUGAGUGGGUUCAAAGAUCCUGUUAAAGAUGCAUCAGUUACACACAUCCUUGCUAUUUACUUUGGUUCUUCAAAAAAUGUCAUCUUUUUUCAAAAGCUAAAAUAGUGGAUGUGGUGAGGUGAAAAGCAGCAGAAGAUAGGUCUUCUGGAAGUUGGGGAAACAAGAAUUGGUGGUUCUAUUUUAUGGAUUUAUGGGGAGAGCUGGUAAAAUAACUUCUGGGUACUACUCUGUCUACCAGUGUAGACCAAGAAUUAUUUCAAAAGCCAAUACCUCUGUGGGGAGACAGGAUAAUCACUAGUCAAAACUGGGAAGAAGGCUCUCAUGAGGAGUGUUGUUGUAUUUGAAUAUAAAUAAAACAAGAAAAUUAAUCCAACCAAGCUGUAGGGCACAACUUCAGAAAUAAUUGUUUAGUGUGCAACAAAUAUGAGGGUUGUCUCAUUUAAAGGAAAAUGAGAAACACUGGAGGUUUUGCUGCUACCUAACACUAAACUGUUGUUUUUGAAAAUGCAGCCAGGAUUUUAUAGUACACAUGUAAGGAAUACAAAUGUCUUUGUUUUUAUAACUCAGGUUUGAUGUGACUCUGUAUAUAAAUUUAUAUAAUUUCUAUGAAAACCAGUAAAUGUGACUCAAGUUCAUGCACAAUAAAUGCAACUAAGGAAAA